GUAUCAUUGCUUUCCUGCGAUUGGCGCGGUGGGUUUUUUUAAGCGGGUAUGGCGAGAUGUAGGAAACAGCAGUAAUAUUAACGCCUUGGCUUAGCGAUAUGGCUAAAUACCAGCGUGAUGGUUCUUCAAGUCCGUUAUCAGAACCUGAACUGGACCCAGACCCUCAGCGUUACCCACCGCCGCCGCCUCCUGUGCAAUUGCCACGCCUGGAGAAACCGCUGCGCCAGGCCUUCUACAACACCGGAGCUCUGGUUCUGGUGGGAGUAUGCUGCGGGGUGGGGGUACUCAUUUACUUUAUCCUCGAGGCGUUUCUGCGCCCACUCCUGUGGGCUGUCCUGUGCGGCACCUUUUUGCACCCGUUCAAGAGUUCCCUCACGGCAUUUGGCCGUCGCUGGCUGCGUCGCCUCCGCCAUUCCAACACACCAAUAUUUUUGGCUACUUUCUUAUUGCCACUGUCUUUUGCUAAUGCGGCUGCCGAAACCUUGGGCAAUGAGAUCGUGCGGCGCCGUCGGCUUCUUCUCCUUCUGAGCGUAGGAAGUCCUGUUUUGUAUGGACUAUACUGCCUCGGUACUUCCUUUGGAGUCCAGGUCGCGCUUGAGUAUUUCGCCAGCCUCAUAUGUCAAGGACUAGACUAUUUCAGUAGCCGCUGGAUAUGGACCUUGAUAGCAGGUUAUCUGUUGACUGUGUUAUUCAGAUGGAACAAGAGCACCGAACGUUACUUGAGAGCAAUCUCAGUUCCCCUCUGGAUUGUGCUGCUAUUUCAUUUGGCUUCUGCAGCAGGAUCUUGGAGAAUUCCAAUUGUUUUACUUAUAAUUGUCUUAAUGACAGUAGGUUUGCUUCAUGAGCAAUCAAAUGGAAAAGAGCCUCCAGAGGCACAAGUUCUUGGUCAAGUCAUUUCCAUUGCAGCAUCUGCGGUCACGACAGUAAUCUCAGAUUCAUGUUAUGAAUCAAGUAAUGAAGAUCAUCCAUUACAAACUUCAGAAAUGGUAAAAAGUGAUGUUCCAUUAUCAGUAUCAUCCAGUGAGAAGAGCAGACAGAGACCUGAGAUUGCAGCAUUUCCUAAAAAGAAGAAAGCCAGUGACAUCUACUUUGUUCUGCUUGUAUGGAGCAUUGUAAUAGUCCAGAUUUGGCUUAAUUUCUGGAUAAUUCAAUUGCUGCCCUUACCUUUUGCAGUGUGGGUUUUAAAAAAACUGUUGGUCCACUUUGGAAUAGUGCAAUUCUCACUGAUUUACUGCAGUACCUACUGGCAUGUUCUGGAAGAUUUUGUGAGACAACGUCAAGAGGUUCUUGUCCCGCAACCAGUUAAGGGUCUUGGAAGAAUUAUUCUCAAAUUAGACAGCAAGCUGAUCGUGUGGUUGGAAAAAAUCCUAGAUAAAAUCAUUAGCAUAUUCAUUAUAUUUGUGCUAGUGAUAGGCACCCUGCUGCUUGCGCUGCUCCUUACAGCAAAGGUUCAUCAGGAAAGUGUACAUAUGAUUGAAGUAACAAGCAGGUUGAUUAAUGAAACGGUAGCCAAUCACCCGGAAUGGGCCAAUUGGCUUCCCGAAGCUCAAGUCAUUCAGAAGGCUUUGAAUUCAGCUGCUAAUAAUGUUUAUCAGUAUGGGCGAGAAUGGAUAACGCAUAAGCUUGAUAAAAUAUUAGGAGAAAAAGCAAAUAGUACUGCUGUGAUUGAAAAACAAGUUCUGGAGCUUUGGGACAGACUAUAUCAUACUUGGUUUGCAAAAAAUACAACUCAUUCUGGACAUCAGAAAAGUCACAGAAGACAUUUAAAUCGUGAGCAUAGUUGGACAAGUGAUAUGCUUGAUUGGCAGGAUGUUGCUUCUUUUAUUCAUGAGAAUAUUGAAACAUUUCUUUCGAUCUUAGAAUCCCUUUGGAUACUGAUGAGUCAUAAUGUUAGCCUUCUUUUUACUACAGUUACAACUUUGGUAACAGUCCUUUUCCACAGUAGCACUGCAGUUCUUAAUUUUGUUCUUUCACUGGUUAUAUUCCUGACCACAUUAUUCUACCUUUUAAGUUCCAGUGAUGAAUACUAUAAACCAGUGAAGUGGGUGAUCAAUUUGAUCCCUUUGUUGCAGUCUGAUGCAUCUUCAAACAUAGUCAGCGAAUCUGUGGAGGAAGCCAUAAGAGGGGUAUUUGAUGCAUCUCUCAAAAUGGCUGGGUUCUAUGGCCUAUAUACCUGGCUGACUCAUACCAUCUUUGGAAUAAACAUUGUCUUCAUACCCUCAGCUCUGGCUGCUAUACUUGGAGUAGUUCCAUUUUUGGGAACAUACUGGGCAACUGCACCUGCGGUUCUAGAUCUUUGGCUUGUUCAAGGAAAAGGAUAUAAAGCUAUGCUUCUCUUCAUUUGUCAUCUAUUGCCAACUUACUUCGUAGAUACAGCAAUCUAUUUGGAUAUAUCUGGAGGAGGUCAUCCUUAUUUGACAGGACUUGCAAUAGCUGGUGGAACAUAUUACCUAGGACUAGAAGGAGCCAUUAUAGGACCCAUACUCCUUUGCAUUUUUAUGGGUGCCUCUAAAAUCUACAGUGCUGUACUUGUGAGUCCAACAAAUUAAUUACCUGCUCUAUUACAGAUGCAUCAGCCUUUGAAGAUUUAUUGGUAAACAUUCAUUCAUCUAUUUGUUAGAUGUAUAACCUGCCUUUCUUAUAGAAGCUUUUAAAAUAUAACUUUUGGGAUGCAUUUAAUUGUUUAUUUACAUUAAUACUCACGUUAAAGCAUGUGUGAUACAUUAGUAGGUAUUUAGUAGGUAUGUGGACACACACAGGCACACACAUAUAUAGAGAGAAACACACAGAGAGAUAGAGAGGGAGGAGAGACAGACAGACAGACAAAAAAUACAAAGAUAAAAUCCAGAUUUCCUAUUAAGGAAAUAAUAAUAAAACUAAUAAAAAUUAGUCUAGUAAUGACAUUGUCAAAAUAUGGGUUUUUUCUUAUGUAAUUUCUAUAUUUAAUGCUUACGUGACUUGAAAAAAUGUUAAAAAGGAAAUAAACUAAAUUGAAAAAGAUGAAAAUGCAAAAUUAUUCAAAUGAAAUAAUUUGUAAAUUGAUACCCUUGCUAAUUAUUUCAUAUUUAUAAAAUCUAUGACUUUCUAAAGUACACAUCAGUUAGAUUAAAAAAAAAGAAUCACUAUGGAUUUUACUCCACUAGUCAUUGCCCACUAUAGGGAGUGCUCAUCUCCAUUUCAAGGCCAUUGAACUAGCAUUGUCCAAAGACAUUUCUGCGGUCAUGUGCCCAGCAUGAGUUAACAAAGUGCUAUUAUCUUCCCAUUAAGUGGUGCCUAUUUAUCUACUCGCAUUUGCAUGCUUUCAAACUGCUAGGUGACAGAAGCUGGGGUGAAGAUGGGAGCUCACUUCAUCGUGUGAUGCUUGGGUCUCAAACCUGAACUGCUGGUUUUCCAGUCCAUAAGCCCAGCAUUUUAAAACCACUGAGUCACCAUGCUAACCUGGGUAUCAAUUAAGCAGCAGUGAGAGUAGUCUCGGAACCUGCAAAUAAUGGGCAGCCUUGCAUCAAAAUCAUAAAAAGUGAUUUUCAAGGAAGUUGAAAAUAGGUUUCAAGGAAAAAAACAACUUAGGGAGAGCUAGAGAAAUGUAUUUCUUAAAGCUCUUAUUACCAUAGAAAUUACUUAUAAGCUAUAGCAAUUCCUAUCUUUUGUUGUCUAGCUGAUUUCAUAACUAAUUCUUCAAUCCAUGUUUUGUGCAAAAAUGCUGUAGUUUUGUCAUAGGAAAAAAUUCAUAGAAAUUUCAGUUAAGAAAUGGUGAACUGAAAAUGGCUCAGCUAAAAGUGGAGCCUAUAAUUGCAGCAGAAUGAAGAGCCAGCGAGUAAACUGGUUCUUUAUAAUAUUUCUCUAGACAAGGAGAGACUUCACCUCACCCACAGACAGUUGUUCCUCAUGACAAAAGUGUAAGACAACAAUCCACAGUUUAGAGCUCUGGGCGAAUAAGGGAAUACUAUCUUGCUCAAACCGCAGUCAAUGCCUUAAGACCAGUGGUUCUCACACUCCCUUUUCUAUUCAUUUUCUUAAAUUACAUGUUAACUACUUUUUAGCUAUAUAAGAACCUUGGACUUUGGACAAGUCUGAAAACACUAGGUGAGUUGUUUUCAAUCUUCAAUUAAUUCAAUUAAUACAGAAUGAAGCAAAAUAGUUUAAUAUUGGAUUCAUUGAAGAAUAUGAUAAUAUUCUUAUAUAAAAUGAGUAUACAAAUAACAAACCAAGAGCGUGAUCUGAAUAAUUUUCCUGUAUUGGAUUUACAAAACAGGCUUGUUAAAGCUUUCAAGAAUUUUGUGAGAAGGGACUAAACAAACAAACAAAUAAAUAAAGUAAAUUUUAACACAGAAGAUCCCAACCCCUGGGGUGUAGCCCACUAUCAGGCUGUGGCCUAUUUGGAAUUGGGCCACAUGAGAGGCAGGCCAGUGCGUGUAUGCGCAUGCGCAGUUCCACUUGUGCAAAUAUUGCCCCAAAGUCUUCUGUUAUCUGAGUGGAGCUGUGCUCAGUGUGUGCACGCCAGCCUGCUGCUCGUGUGGCCUCCAUCUCCCAUUGAUAGACACUUUGGUCAGAUGACUAGUAUCUACAACUGCUAGAUACAAUUCAGUGGUAGUUACUGACAGAUCUUCUUGAUAUUGUUCUAAUACCAGCUCUGCCUGUUUUAGGAUUUAAAUAUAUUAUUAAAGGACUCAUUUACACAGUGAUACUUGAAACCUUUUGAAUGUUUGAUACAAUUGGUAAAAGGGAGCACUACACAAUUUCUUACUAUUUAUUGCAAUACAAUACCAAAAUAUUUGCUAUAUGUAGUUCUCAACUUACAACCACAAUUGAGCCCAAAAUUUAUGUUACUAAGUGAGAAAUUUGUUAAGUGAGUUUUGUCCCAUUUUACAACUUUUCUUGCCACAUUUCUUAAAUGAAUCACUGCAGUUGUUAAAUUAAUAACAAGGUUGUUAAGUGAAUCUGGCUUCCCCAGUGACUUUGCUUGUUACAAAUCCUAUCACCCUGGACACUGCAACCAAAAUAAAUGAGAGUCAGUUGUCAAACUUCCAAAUGUAAAUUACAUGAUCACGGGGAUGCUGCAAUAGUCAUAAAUAUGAAAAAUGGUCAUGCCAUUUUUUUCAGUGCCAUUGUAUCUUUGGAUGGGAACUGUUGUAAGUUGAGGACUACCUGUAUUAGAAAACUUUUAAAAGUUUAAAUUUGUGAUUAAAAUUUUAUAUAGUAUUGAAAAUGUUAUAUUCCAAACAAGAAAGAUACCAUGUACUUAUCACAGUCAUGUGAUAUCAUGUGUUGUUGCAUUUCUGGUUUUUAAAUUGUUUAAUUUUUAUUUUUUACAAUAUCUGUGUCAAGCUGCAAAUACUUUUGGUUCCUUCUAAAUUCUGUAUUUUAAGUAUUAUUUUAUUUAUUUUAUAAAGUAUUUAUUUCUAAUAAAAACCUUGUACUAUUGAGGAAUUAAAAGAUUGAUUAAUAA